UCACCACCGAGGUUGGACGUACGGCCGUGCUCUCCCUCCUCGUCCACCUCCUGAGUAUUCCUGGCGGGCAGCGAUGAGCAAGCAGAAGAGACGCAACGCCUUCUUCUACUUCAUGAUGGCCAAGAAACCCGAGGUGGAGAAGCGGCUCAAGAGAAAGGUGGAGAAGCGGCUCAAGAGAAAGGUGGAGAAGCGGCUCAAGAGAAAGGUGGAGAAGCGGCUCAAGAGAAAGGUGGAGAAGCGGCUCAAGAGAAAGGUGGAGAAGCGGCUCAAGAGAAAGGUGGAGAAGCGGCUCAAGAGAAAGGUGGAGAAGCGGCUCAAGAGAAAGGUGGAGAUGGCCAAGCUGGUGACGGCGGAGUGGCAGGCACUCCCGAAGGAACAGUGGAGGAAGUACCAGCUGAUGACCGGAGAAAGCAGGGAGAGGCUGGAGUGCCGAGGGGUGCCGCUGCGGUGCCUGGACGAGGCGGACCGGGAGGAAAAGCACCAGGCCGAGGAGAUGAAGAGGGACAUUGCCGACUUGGUGGACAUGUACCGGAUGGGCAAUGGUGUCUGCCAUCGUGCUGCCUCGGCCAGGAAGCACUCGCUGGAGACUCACAAGCUGCUGGGUGACUCGGAGGGCUUCGGGAACAGCCUUGAGGAAACUGCCGAGAAUCUGAAGCAGCUCUUGUCCAAGGUCAAGAUCUUCUCCCCGGACCUGCUGUACCGGUUGAUGUACUUGGCGGCAGUGAGUGACAUCCCCCUGUCCGUGACCACUGAGAUGCUGGAAGAGUGUGGCCUGGACUACCUCCCCAAAACAGCCUGCUCGAUCGUGCAACUGAUGGAAGCUGGCAAAGGAAGUUGCUGAUAUGUGGGCUAUGGCUGACUGGCUGGUGCUGUCUGGUCACUCAGCUCAGUAAGGGACUGGAAGCUGGAUCUCUCUCUCUCUCACAAAAAAAAGUAACGUAAAAGUGUAUAAGGUCCAUUGAAAAGAAGAGAGAGAGAGAGCCAUCUCAUCCUCUCUCUCUCUCCCCUCAGCAUCCAGGCAGCAUCUUGGGAGGGGAGGGGAAGAGAAGAGAAGAGAAGGGAAGGGAAGGGAAGGGAAGGGAAGAAUACAAUAGCUCACUGGUGGACAGAGGAAAGAGACAAGGAAGAAGAAGAAGAAGAGUAGGUUUAAAUAUAUCCAUUGUAAUAUAUAUUUCCAAACUUUAUUAGUCUUCUCUUUAUAGAAAUACAGAGAGAGAGAGUUAGUUCCAUCUCUCUCUCUCUCUCAUCUCUGCCCUUCAAUUAAUCUCCCUCCAUCUUCUCCCCAACAAGACUCGUCUCCCCCAGCAUCCAGGCAGCAUCUUGAAGGCCUGACUGGUUCCCUCGGCUCAGUGGUCUCGUCUCUGUCUCCCUCCCAGCAAGAGUCUGGCAGAGUUUAGUGCCAAAAAUGUGUGUGUGUGUGUGUGUGUGUGUGUGUGUGUGUGUGUGUGUGUGUGUGUGUGUGUGUGUGUGUGUGUCUCUCUCUCUCUCUCUCUCUCUCUCUCUCUCUCUCUCUCUCUCUCUCUCUCUCUCUCUCUCUCUCUCUCUCUCAGCUCCCAGGCCCCACAGGGUGUCCCCCCCCCCCCCAGUGUGUUGACAACCCCCACAGACACA